GCAACUGCGGGAACGACUCACCCUACUGGCUUCUGCCAGUGUUGUUAACUGUGUGUUUUCCUCCUCCUGGUUUCAUUUAGAGGACUGGCGCCGAAGUUUGCCAACUUUGAAGAGUCCGCUAGAGCUAGGUCCUUACAAAUGGAGUGGCUAUCAAUUGUCAUAUUUUUUGUUUUAAUUAAUUACACCAACGCCGGCGUGGACGGAAUUCCCUGGACAUACUCAGAGGGGGCUCUGGACCAAAUACAUUGGACAGAAGAAUACCCAGCGUGCGGUGGACACAAACAGUCUCCUAUUGAUAUCCAGCGGCGCAACGUUCGCCACAACCCCCGAAUGCCAGAGUUGGAGUUAACUGGAUAUGAUGAGCUGAACGGCAAAUUUCUGAUGACCAACAAUGGACAUUCAGUUCAGAUUGACCUCCCCCCUACCAUGAGGAUCACAGAGGGGCUUCCGGACCACUACACGGCUGUGCAGAUGCAUCUGCACUGGGGCGGCUGGGACCUGGAGGCCAGUGGAGCUGAACACACACUGGAUGGCAUACGUUACAUGGCAGAGCUCCAUGUUGUCCACUAUAACUCUGACAAGUACAAGAGCUUUGCAGAGGCCAAAGAUAAGUCUGAUGGGUUGGCGGUACUGGCUUUCUUUUAUGAGGAUGGGCAUUUUGAGAAUACCUACUACAGUGAUUUUAUAUCCAACUUGGCAAAAGUCAAAUAUGCAGGGCAAUCCAUGAACCUUUCCACCAUCAAUGUCCGCUCAAUGCUCCCAGAGAAUCUGAAUCAUUUCUUCAGAUAUGAAGGAUCGCUCACCACACCGCCUUGCUAUGAGAGCGUCAUAUGGACUGUGUUUGACACGCCUAUCACCCUCUCUCACAAUCAAAUAAGGAAGCUGGAGAGUACUCUGAUGGACCAUGACAACAAAACCCUGUGGAAUGACUACCGCAUAGCCCAGCCACUGAAUGACCGUGUGGUUGAGUCCUCUUUCCUCCCCCGCCUGGGCAAAGGAUCUUUCUGUCGCCAAGAAGAGAUUGAAUUCAAGCUUUUGAAGAUAGAGAGCCUGUUAACAUCUCUUGGAAAGAACAUACGUACCAUGGGCGAUUCCAGGCCCACAAGUAAAAGACCGAAGGCUCUGUAUCCACUGGUGCUGCACUUCCCUGAGCGCAACACGGGCAGCUACGCACUGGCCCACCUCACGCACCCCAUGGGCCUGCAGUCCUUCACCGCCUGCAUGGCCAUCCGUGCGCACCUGUCCGUCGAGGAGCAGCACGCCGUCUUCUCCUACUCCACACCAAUGCACGAUAACGAGCUGGUCAUCACCCUGGGCCAGGACGUGGGCCUGUGGGUCGGUAACGAGUUCAUCAACCUGCCCCACGAGCUACGCGCCUACGACUGGGCCCAUUACUGCGUGACCUGGGCGUCCCACACGGGCGGCGCCGAGCUGUGGAUCAAUGGCUUGGUCGGCGAGGAGCAGUACCUGCAGGCGGGCUACGAGAUCAUGCACAGCGGCAUGUUCAUCCUGGGCAAGGACCAGGACGGCUUCCUGGGCAUCUCAGACAUGGAUGCGUUCGUGGGCCACAUGACGGACGUCAACGUGUGGGACUACGUGCUGAGCGCGGCAGAGAUCCGCGAGCAAAUGUCCUGCGAGAACAACACCGCCAGGGGGAACGUGGUCAGUUGGGGGGUGACGCAGCUCAGCCUGUAUGGAGGCGUGCAGCUGGACAUGGACCACAGGUGCCCUUGACUGAAUGACACGUGGUCUCACAGCUAGCCUAGCGAAUUUGAGUUCAGUGCGUUUAAUGCUGUUUAUAACCACCUGUACACUGCAGCUAUCCCAAAAAUAUCAUAAUACAAGCUGUCUUGUGAGCUCUGAAAAAUGUUACACAAUUUUAUAUUUUAUACUUACAAAAAAAACAAAUGGUUGCAUGCCUUGUCAUAAUGCCUGAUAAAGCAAUAUUGAUUGGUUGUUUUUUAUUCACUGGCCCACAUUUUUAUGGACAUGGUUGGCCUAAUUCAUAUCUGUGUGUCCUCAAUAAACCAAUACUUGCAAAA